GUCCACCACAACAUGCCCGGGAGUCGCUCCUUGCGUCGCACCCUGCGCGUGUGAACGGAUUGGCUGCAGACCGACCGCGCCGAAAGGCUUGGACACACCGGCCCGCCUCCUCUUGGAAUUCGAGGCCACAGCGAGAGAGAGAGAGCAGAGAGAGAGAGAGAGCAGAGAGACCGAGAGACCGAGAGACACAGAGAGACCGAGAGAGAGAGGAGUGGGCGUGCUAUCGCGUUUGAACCGGAGUCUUCGCGGCAUUGACCACCGCCUCAUCACCACCGCCGGCAUCUCGAGUCCUGCCUCCUCCACCUUCACCCCCCUCCCCCCUCCCCCUCCCCCUCCCCCGGGCAGCCCCCCCAGUGCGCGCGCGAGGCAGCCCUCUGGAGAAACGUCGCCGCCGGCCUCGCCGUUCUCUCCCAUUCCUGUUCUCGAGCGCGCGAUGACCAGCGAGCGCCAUCACCACUCCGACCAGUUGCAUAUAUUAGCCGACAUUAAGCGCCACUCGCGCAUCACCGUGGAACCAACAAGCAGCGCGUCUGGAGGCGGAUUGUGUUUUUUAAUAGGCGCAAUUGAACUUGCGGUGACGAACUCGGUGACUGAUACCUCGCACAAGCACCUUUGCGACUGAUUGCUCCAUGCUACAUGACUUGUAUCCGGUUACCGCGGCCCGACCAACUGGAAGUGGACUGGCGGCAAGACUCUCCAAUGCGAGACGACGUGGGCAUCCUGAACAGGACGCCGUCAUCAGACCAUCGGUCGAAUGGACUGCCUACCCGCGAUGCGCCUCCGACCAGCUUCACUGCAGUCAAUGGCGAUGCACAUCGAUCGGGCUCGCAUCGACCGGAAGCUGCUGCGGCUAGGCCCAUUAUACUACCACCACCUGUAGAGCAAAUCACCAACCACAACAAUAACAACCACAGCCACAACCACAACAACAAUAACCAUAACCACAACCAUAACAACAACGACAACGUCACCAGCGAGCGUGCCACGACCUCUCUUACUGGUCCGUAUCAAGCACACAGUUGGCGACCAACAGAGCAACAAGGCACGGCUCCACACGAGGCUGCUGCUGCUGCUGCUACUGCUGCUGCUGCUUCUUCAUCAACCGACACUCACAAGGCUGCAUCGAAUAAGCGCAAGCGUGCCCCAUCGUCGUCUGCGGAGGAACUUCGUGAAGACAGUCGCCGACAGCAGCCGAAUGCCGGUGCCGACUCGUUGGAACGACGUGCCCAUGACGACGACCACCGCGAUGACGUCCGUGAGUCUCGUGGCUUCCGUGAUGGCCAUGGCGAGCUCGAAGAGAGCACGACGGGCCCUUAUGUGAGAGUCGACUCGCCUGCACGAGGUCCUCCCGGGCCAGCGCCUCCAGCACCGAGACCGGAAACGGAAGCUGCUCUCGCUGCGCAAGUGGCGCAAGUGCAGCAGUUCUCUGGUCACGCGCAAACCCGUCCCGGUAGUAGCGGGUCGCCAGAAGAGGCCCAGGCUCGGCAAAGAUCGCACCCUCACGGUUCGGAGCAGGGCCAGAGUGUGGAUGACAGGAGCAAGCGGAAGCGGAACUUCAGCAAUCGCACCAAGACCGGCUGUCAUACGUGUCGCAAGCGGAAGAAGAAGUGCGACGAAGGGAAGCCGUACUGCCAGAACUGUGCACGAGGCUCGUUCGAAUGCGAAGGCUACGGACCGAAGCCCGUAGGUGGGAGCAAGACUGGACCUACCAGGAGCGUGGUCCCUCUCCAGUCCAAGACCAAUGAAGGCUAUGCGCCUAUCCAUGACCAGCACUAUGGCUUUGAGCCUGCCCCCUAUCAUGAUCCUCCGCCGCGUCCGCUACCGCCAGGCGGCGAACGCUAUGCACUGUCACUGCCGAGAGUCCAUGAUAUACAUACACCUCGCUACACCGGUCCUACUCCCGCCGGUGGACUCCGUCCGACGUCUGCCCGCGAAGGCUACGCUCCCUGGCAUGACUUGCGCGAGGGGCCUUCCACGGCACCUCGUACAUCCCCCGACGUGCCCAGGCCACCGCCACAUGCCCAUCGAUAUCCGCCCCCACCGCCGCCAAUACAAUAUCCUUACUUGCCACCCAGUGAACCGUGGCACGCACCACCGCCUCCCAUCUAUCCACCUCUUGCUCCCGUGGCUCGCACUAUCUUGAGUUCACAUGAAAGUGUCUUCUCGGGCGGCAGUGGAUCGCACCGGUCAUACCCUAUGUCUCAUUCGAAUCCGGAAGUGCCUGAUUCGGAACGGGCGAAGAUGCUUCGUGGCGAGCCGUACUUACAUUUUCACGAUCCCGAUCUGAAAGAGGAACGAUUGUCUUGUCUGCGAGCUGUCGAGACGUACAACGAUUCCCGCAAAGGUUCAUCGAUCGCUCCAGGCAAUGUGCAGUCGAGGAACUUUCAGGACGUCUACGACCCGGCAGCGCGAGCAUGGGGGAACGGCUUGUGGAACGGGCCCAAAGGCACCGUGGGUUCGCAUACCGUGGUGGAGGCACCCGUCACGUGUGAAUUCGGAUAUAACAUUCAUCUGGGAAACGAUGUCCACAUACAACAGAACUGCACGCUGCAGGAUGCCAGCAUUAUUUAUAUCGGUGAUCGAACCAUCAUUGGACCCAAUGUCAAGUUCUACUGUAUUACUACGAGCAUGGACAUCAAUAUUAGGCAACAGAAAUCGGACCGAGACCCGUUGAAACGGGGACCACGAUUCGAGGCGGGACCGAUCCGAGUCGAAGACGAUGUGGUCAUUCAUGCAGACUGCAUCAUUCUGCCGUUCCGAACCAUUGGAAAGGGUGCUGUCGUGGGUGCCGGAUCGGUAGUGACUAGAGAUGUGAAGCCCUACACCGUCGUGGCUGGCAAUCCCGCAAAGCCUGUCAAGGGGAGGAGAAAGCUUGCAGGCGGUCCUGAAGUCGACAGACAUUGUGAAGACAUACAGGAACAAAAUGAUGCCAUGCUUGCCCGGUUGCGCAAUAACGAAGUGAUACCCAGAGAUGAUUUGAUGUAGCAAGCGAGUGUUUUUUCUGUAUGUCAAACGUAUUGUCACUUGUUAUGUAUGACAAAGCACAUAUACAUAUACCAGUACAAUGUGUUUGUGCACAGGAUCGAGUUCUCCUUUUUUUUCUUCCCUCGCUGGAACUGCUCCGUGUUUCACCUGGAGUGAACUAGAGGCUUCGAUGUCGCUGCCAUGAAUGGAACAAAUAAAGAGGUACAUGUAUCUCACCAUUCUUGAAAGCAGCACAAGACAAGCGUUCGAGACAGGCAAGUUGUUAUUGUUUGCGAUAGCAGGUACAUGUAGCUAAACACCUCAUCAUCAUCUAGCACUCGAGGAGGUCUUUGGUUGCUCUCUCUUU